GUGGGAAGCAAUUAUUAACUUUUGCACCAAAGGAUCUAGUAUAUUGAUAGAGCAAAAUCGCAGUGAAAAUAAACAUCCCACGAGCUUAUCGGCAUAACACUGGCUUCCAAAAAAGGGGUAAAAGGACACGCAUCAUACACUUUUUAAAAACAAAAUACUUGCUAACCAAGUAUUUAAAACAGUUCCUCCUCUUACCCACCAGAAUAGUUCUAAACAAUCCAAUCUUGCGAACCAAUUCACCGAAUUUUCUCUUAUCUCCAUUCCCCUUAUACAUAUACUCCUACUUCUGCAGCUUUUUUUCCUUUCUAAACAAGGAUUAAUUGACAAUUUCUUGCAUAAAUUGAUCAAUAAAGCAAUACUUUUCUGGCAAAAAGUAAAAACACCAACGCAAUUACGAUGAUGUCAAUUUUCAGUUCUUUUGAUGCCCUCUCCGCUGAGAUGUUGGGCCAAAAGGUGAGCCGCUCUUGGGCAACGGCCACUUCUGACAACAAACAACAACAGCAACGUGUGGGCCCUCUUGGAUCCAAUCAAAAGAUCGCCGCUUCUCCGCCGUCUACUUCCUCAACCGGUGAACUGAACAAGGCCGGAGAGGCGGCACCGCCGUCGUGCCCACGGCAGCAAAGAAGGCCGAGGUGUGCACCGGAAUUGGAUGGGGUCCACUGUUUCGAAACAAUUCUCCCCUAUUGAUUUUUACAUAAAAGUCCAAAAGAUUGAUAUUCUUAUCUAGUCAUGAUAUUAUGAUCAUAUACUCUGCUGCUGUAAAUUCAGGAAAUUAAUAUAUAAAAAUUUGGAUUCUUUGCUGGACUGAAAAA